UUUUUUUUUUUUUUUUUUUAGUUGUGUCAUCCGGCUGGUGGAGGUUGUGUCGAGAACCGAGCGUACUUGUUAUUCGUUGUGUGUGGUUAUGUGAGAACAGCAGCUGCCCGUCACGUUGAUCCCGACGGAAACUUAAAUGCGUCGGAUUAAUGAUAAUGACUUUCCGGAGCUUUAGCAUCGGCCGCCGCGUCAUAGCUGGCAUGGCGGGCCUACGGGGACUCGGAUUCACCCCGCACUUACUCGCUUUUGGAAGUGCUUAUACAUAGUUCACUUCUCGUCGGUGCACCGUCGCCUUCGACACCCGUACCACGCCGAAGAGAUCUCGCAAGUUGUGAAUUGUUGCCGAGCGUGCGACCGUCGGUAUGCUGCCCUAGUGUUCCGUGUUCAAGUGGUCUCCCAACUACCCCGGCGGUGUCUCUUUCGCUCCAAGAUCUCGCUUCUAAAGGAAGGAAACAUGUUUCACGGAGGCUCAAGCAAAAGUUCAGGUGCUACCGACGAUCCGCCCGGCAUGUCACAGUCGCUUAAUUUGGUACACGGCACCAUCAAGCCAGACUGUCUCUUGUCUUCGGAGAGGGACCUGCCACGCCGUGACAUGCGUCAGGUGCAUGCUGAUCAAGACGGUGUUUACAGGAGGCUUACUAUGAGCGGAGAUCAUUUUAACCCUUCCAUGGGGAAAACGCAUGCAAGCUCGAGUGACUGGUCCUUGAGUUCAUGUAGAGACUACGACUAUCAUCACUUGGUGGCAACAGAGCACCCUGUAAAGUUGGAGCAGGAAUUUUACCAUGGGAAACAUAAAAGUAAAGUUGAGGACCAGUGGCAAGAUGCACUUUUAGUGAAGAAGGAGAAUGGGGACCCACACACGGAAAAGAGGCUCCUGGAGCAAGAGGUGAAGCGACUACAGAGGAUUGUGGAAGAUAAGCAGAAGGAACUGAGCGACCUGCACCACCACCAACAAGAGGGCCUGAUGGAGAGCGGGGGCGGUGGGGAGGCGGCCUACCGGCAGAAGUGCAAGGCCCUGAAGGAGGAGUACGACACACUGCACAAGCGGUACGCGGACCUCACGGCAGCCCACAGCGCCCACAUGUCCCGGCUGGAGCUGUGCCAGGAGGAGCUGCAGCGGCUCAAGCAGGGCGCCGAGGAGGCCCUGCAGGAGCGCAAUGCGGCCCUCAGGGAGCGCUCGGGCCUGCAGCAGCAGUGCACAGCCGCCAUCCGCCAGUGGGACAGCGCCCUCCGGGAGCGCAACGAGGCCAGGGACCAGCUGGCCAAGGUGCAGCAGCAGCGCGACGAGGCGAUGAAGGAGAUCAACCAGGCGAUGGCAGUGCGCAUCAAGGCCUCGAAGGACCUGUCGCGGCUGACGGAGGAGCGCAAUGCGGCCGUUCAGGAGUACACCCUCAUCAUGUCCGAGAGGGACUCGGUGCACAAGGAGAUUGAACGGCUGCAGGAAGAGCUGCAGGAGGCCCAGAACAAGGCCCGCCAGACCGAGGCCAGCCACAAGGCUUCGCUCGACGAGAUUGAGAGCCUGAAGCGCGAGAUAGCUUCGGCGCUCCAGGACCGGGACCGGGUGCUGAAGGAGCUGAGCGACGUGCGGGACAAGCAGCAGCAGACGGAGAGUGCCGCGGCCUCUGCGGCGUCCCAGGAGGAGGGCGGCAGCCGUAGGGAUUCUCUCUCCUCGGCUGGCCUGGCCGAACAGGAGCAGGCUGGCCAGGAGAUGGAGAACCUCCGGCGCAACAUGGAGCGCCUCCAGGUCGAGCUGGCAGAGGCCCAGCAGGAGGCCGAAGUGUGCAAGCGCCGCAGGGACUGGGCAUUCAGCGAGCGGGACAAGAUUGUCCUGGAGCGGGAGAGCAUCCGCAGCCUGUGCGACAAGCUGCGGCGCGAGCGGGAUCGGGCUGUCAGCGACCUGGCCGAAGCCCUGAGGGACUCGGACGACGUCAAGCGCCAGCGCAACGAGGCGUCCAAGGAACUCAAGGAGCUUAAGGAAAAAAUCGAGGCACAGCUGGAGAAGGAAUCUAGGAUGAAGCAGCUAAACUCCGUGGGCAAUAAUCACAGCAGGGACUCGGCCAUCGACACGGACCUCCAGGAGUGGGAGACUGAGAUCAAGGAAGUGCAUCUCAGAUACGAAGGUGAUCUCGGCCUGGACAUUUCGGGAGGCAAGGAGGACGUGUCGGAGUCCUCUGCAUCAUUUUUCUACAUCAGCAAUGUCCUCAAGGGAGGGACGGCAGACGGAAAGCUUUGCGUUAAUGACAUUGUCUUGAAAGUCAACGGUCUCGACGUGGCAGGGAUGGACAAGCGGGCCCUGUAUGAGUCGGUGCACGACUCUAAAGGAUCUUUGACCUUGGUUGUGAAACGCAGGAGGGCCAUGAGCAGUCGGGGAGUGGUGAUGCUCAGCCUGAACCUGAGCACUUCUCGGGAGCAUGGCCUCACGCUGGAGAACGGCCUCUACAUCACCCGCAUCGGGCCGGGCUCUGUGGCCGCCAGAGAGGGGACCCUGGCCGUCGGAGACAGGAUCCUCUCGAUGAAUGGAAAGCCGGUUGAAGAUCUCAGGAAGGCGAUGGAAUGCUUGGACAAUGCCGACUGUCCAGUUCAGCUCCAGGUUGUGAAAAAUGCUGUCUUUAGCAGCUCACCUUCCAGCUCCACUACAAGCAACCACACCUUCAUGGACAAACUAGAAAAGUCUCCAUUAAACCACGGUCCACCUCCACAGCUCCUCGAAGAGAAGACGUUCGCGUCGUGCUCCGUGCAAACCGAUGCCCUUUCUGAGAACAGCGGCGUCCACAACAAAACGUCCUCGAGCAACCAAGGGGGCAAGGGAGGGGGCUCGACGUCGGAGAGAGCCACAGCGAGCGUGCAGCCCACUCUCCUGGACAAGGCCUACAACAAGAUCUUCGGCGACAAGCGGACCUCCAAGGAGAAGAAGGCGCCCCUCUCUCUGCUCCCGGAUGAGCGCGGCCCCAUCGCGGAGCUGGACUCGAUGCUCGAGUGCUACAGCAAGCCGAGCAGCGGCUCCAAGCGCUCCUCGAGCCACAAGCACCAGGAGCACAAUGGAGGCACGUGGCCCAAGUACCGGGGACCCCCGCUCCAGCUCGGAGAGGCCGGAACGGCAAACACGCUCCAGCCUCACAAGCGCCGGGAGCGCAAGUCCCUCGCCUCGUUCGCCAGGCAGGCGCCGUCGUACGCCGACUUCCCGGGCGGCGACGCGAGCUCGCCGUCGAGCGGGAACCGCACCUCGAGCUCGGGCUCGUACGCGUCUCCCGGCAGCCCCCCCAAGGCUCCCCCGUCGGGAGUCCAGCAGAGUUCGGAGCGGGUGCCGAUGCACUACGCGUCCCCGUCGGGCCCGCCGCCCGAAGACCGCCUGGACUACUCGGUCGUCUCGGCCCACAAGGACGUGCUGGAGAUGUACCAGCCGCGGGGGAACAAGGGGGGCGGCGGCCGGCCACAUUCGGCCCACUACAGCCGCGAGGCUUACGCCAAGCCGAUGGCGCCUUACUCGGAGGUGCUCCUGGCGACCCACGUGCACCAGAGCCUGCGGGGCGCCCCCGCGGGAACCGCGCUGUACCCGCAGCAGCGCCCGCACCAGCACGGCUACUACCCCGCGUACAUCUCGCGCAGCGGGGACUCGCUGCUGGCGGGCGAUGCGGCGGGAGAGGCGCUGCGCUACGGCACGGUGCCCCCCAAGGAUCCGGGCCGGUACACGCCCUCGCCGUGUCCCUCGCAGUACUCCUUCUCGGGCACCUCCCCGACGCACAGCCUGGACUUCCCGCCGCAGUUUGCGGCACCCAAGCGGCUGGUGCCUGCCCACGUGCACGGCGGAGGCGGGUUCCGGGCGGAGGAGGUGUACCCCCAGCCGGCGGCUUACGACGGCCUGGCGACGUUCCCCAAGCGGAACCAGCGCAUCCGCAUCCCCUCGACGCCCAGCGUGACCUCCAAGUCGUCGACGGGGAAGGUGUCCACGAGCUCCAUCGAGAAAGCGCCCUCGCUCACGGACCGCUCCAGCCCCAUGCCCGCCUUCACCGUGGAGCUGCUCACCCCGAACGGGUCCAGGGCCAUCACGGAGCUCAGGGGCAGGAGGAGGCCCAAGCCUGGCGACAUGCGUCGGAUCGUGAUAGAGAAGAGCCUGGAGCCCCUGGGGAUCCAGAUCAAGUGCGGGGCGGGGGGCACCAUUUUUGUGUCUUCCGUGUCGGAGAACAGCAUAGCUGCCCAGGCUGGUCUGCAGGUCGGAGACCAGCUGCUUGAGGUGUGCGGAAUAAACAUGCGCAAUGCCACAUACCAACUGGCAGCCAGCGUUCUUCGGCAGUGUCGGGACAGCAUCACAAUGCUGGUGCAGUUCAAUCCUGACAAAUACCGGGAAGUGGCGUCGGACCACGUGACCACAAGUGACGAGAACUCUCCCGUGGACACGCCUGCCGCCUCUCCCAAGAUGCGUCAUUCCAAACGACCCGACCUAAUUUGCAUUUCGAACGAUGAUGUUCCCAGUUCAGCUACGUCCACCCUGACCCGACAGAAGCAGUCUUGCGUCAGCUCCAAGGGUUGCAGAGCAGAGCCCAGAGCUGUCUUUCUGAACAAGGCCACGUCGAGCCUCGGCAUCACGCUGCUUGGAGGCAACGCAGUGGGCAUCUUUGUACACUCGGUGCAGGAGGACUCCCCGGCAAGCGGCGUUGAGGGGCUGCACCCCGGAGACCGCAUCUUGGAGUACAACAACACAGAUCUCAGAAAUGCGACUGCUGAAGAAGCUGCCUAUGAGCUGGCCAGGCCUGCUGAGAAAGUCCAAAUUCUUGCACAGUACAAUCCAGAGCGCUUUGCGGAGAUCCAGGAGCAGCCCGGGGACUCGUUCUACGUGCGGGCGCAGUUUGACCGUGCCUCGAUUGACGGGUCGCUGGCGUUCCGCAAGGAGGACAUCCUCUACGUGGACAACACGAUGUACAAGGGCGUCCCCGGCCAGUGGAGGGCUUGGAUCCUCGACCAGGAUGGACAGAAGCUGAAGUGCGGCUUCAUCCCGAGCAAGUACAAGGCGGAGGAGGAGCUGCUGAUGAAGCGCAGCCUGUUAGACCUGGAGGAAGGGGGCAGCGGCCGGCGAGGCUCGACGUCUGCCCGGCGGAGUUUCUUCCGGCGGCGGCGCCACCAACAGCGCUCGUCGCGGGAGGACGGCCGGGAGCUGGCGUCCUUCUCGGACGUGUCCAUCAACAACAGCUGCUCAGGGUCUGCGGGCACCCUGGCCGAGGACCUGCCCCCGACCUACCUACGCGUCGACCGGCUCAACUACCCGAGCCUGCGGCCGGUGAUCCUGGUGGGGCCCCUGCAGGAGGCGGUGGUUGACAAGCUGGAGCAGGACUUUCCCCACAUGUUCCAGCGCUGUCUGGGCCAGCCCGUCAGGGGAAGCCUGCAGGCCCUGGAGCGGGGCCUGCAGGACCUCAGCCUGCUGGACUUUAGACGCAGGGGCUCGCACUUCGAGUGCCUCACCCUCCAGGCUGUCAGGAGCAUAGCCCACAAGGCAUGCCAUGCUCUGCUUGACGUGAGCUUGUCCGCUGUCGAGAGGUUGAACAGAUGCCAGAUCUUCCCCAUCGUCAUAUUUAUCAAGUUCAAAACUACUAAGCAAAUAAGGGAAGUGAAGGACUCUACAUACCUGACAGAAAAAGUCACCACCAAGGCAGCUAAGGAGAUGUACGAGCACGCCCUGAAGAUCGAGAGCGAGUACAAACACCUCAUCAACGCCGUGAUCCCGGGGAGCAACCUGGCCUACAUGUGCACCCAAGUGAAGAUGUGCGUGGAUGACGAACAGAACAAGGCACUCUGGGUUCCCUCUGGAACGCUCUGACGCUGAGCAAACUGCCGACACGAGCCUCGUUUUUCUAGCCCCUCCUCCGUUUCACCAUAUCUACCAGAGGCUCUGACAUGCAGCUAUACUUCACAGGGGCCCCAAGUGGGAUUCCAACUCUGUCCAGGCGAAGCCAUGACUGAAGCUACCACUCUUUGAACGGCCAUGUUCACCCGCACUCCCUGCUACUAGGUUCUCGUGAGAUCCAAUGUGACGUUUAUUCAAAGCUGAUGUUUUUACCCAUCAAUCUAUGUUACGCGCGUUUUCCGCUUUUUAUAAUUUUACUGGCGUGUAGCAGGCGAAAGCUAGUUGGAAAUAUCUUGAAUGAAGCUAAACAGUGGAAGCAUUAAUAUGGAAUUCCAGAUAUACCGUGAAGAUGGAUGCUUAGAAAUAGAAUUAAUUUAGAUUGCACAGUUGCUCCGCCUUAGCAUGCUGAUUCUCGUGCUCGUUCCUCCUCAUUCUAUUCUGGUGCCAAUGACUUCAAAGUGCAACACGAGGAGGAAGUUGCGCGAGAGUGCGACAGAGCAAUUUUGUUCUUGCGUUUUACUCUCGGAUCGUUGACGCCGAAAUGAAAGAAAGGUGCUUUGAGCUUAGGUCAUAGUUUCCAUGUACGGAAGUCUAACCGGCACACAAGCCGCGUUCAGCAGACGACUUGGCCGCAUCUGCUGUGCUUGGACCGAGUUGAAGUCCCGCGUAGUGGGCCUUCGAGAGGAGCAGAUCUUUUCUCAACUGUGUAUAGGCCAACGGAGAGGGGAUGGCUGCUCGGGCAGCACCGUGGUUCUACUUUGUCGGCUCACCCUGUUAGACUGGUUGUGAAGAAUUGUACACUUGUUUAUGUUUGCAGAGAGUUGGGGCAGCUACUUGCAUCGUAGUCGUCUUAGAGAGUGUUCAUAGGCUAAUAUAUGCAUAAAUAUUAUAUUGAGGAUAUGUCUGCAGGCAUAUGCGAUGCAUAUACUUAUACUUGUUUUACCUGUCUCUCGCUCAAAAGGUCUCUUGAAGGGGGGAAAUUUUGGAAGCACUCUUACCUGUUUGAUAUUAUACCCAGGUACACUGUCGUAGCUCAGACGCUCUGGUUUCCUUUUAACGGUGCAUGAGUCUAUCGUCGGAAAGCCUCAGUUGUGAGGGGGCAUUCGCAUUGAUUGAGAUUGAGUUUUUAUUUCUUAUUCUUCUUGUACAAAGUGGUCUCUUUGGAAAUAAAAAUAAUAGUUUCGCGACUUCCUCGGAAGCCACGAACCGUCUGCCUCGUCAUAA